UUAGCUGUAGCGCCCGCUACAGUGGUGCGACGACGCUUUACCCGAGGUCCAGUUUGCUUUUACCAUAAGAAAACAAUAAAUUAUUGAAAACAAAUAGACAGUGAACAGUGACAGCGGAAAGACUCUCCUCUCCAAAGAAUUUCAUAUUUUUUUGUUAAUUUUUUUGUAGUGAGGUAAAUAAAUCACCAGCACCACCACUUACUAUCGAGCCUCUCAGGAUACUCGUGCGCGUGUCGUAUUCCCCGAGGCAAUAAUCCACACUUCGAGAUGGCGGGGCAGGAUCCAAAGUGGCAAAAAGAUGCUGCUGACCAGAAUUUUGAUUAUAUGUUUAAACUGCUGAUUAUUGGCAACUCGUCAGUGGGCAAAACAUCGUUCCUCUUUCGCUACGCCGACGACUCGUUCACGUCGGCAUUUGUUUCAACUGUUGGUAUUGACUUCAAAGUCAAAACUGUGUUCAGGCACGAUAAGAGAGUUAAACUCCAAAUAUGGGACACAGCCGGUCAAGAGCGAUAUAGAACUAUAACGACAGCCUAUUACCGCGGGGCAAUGGGCUUUAUUCUAAUGUACGACAUCACCAAUGAGGAAUCAUUCAACUCAGUUCAAGAUUGGAUAACGCAGAUUAAAACGUAUUCAUGGGAUAAUGCUCAAGUUAUUCUCGUUGGUAAUAAAUGUGACAUGGAGGACGAACGGGUCAUAAGUUUUGAACGGGGUAAACAGUUGGCAGAGCAGCUGAAUGUACAGUUCUUCGAGACAUCGGCGAAAGAGAACAUCAAUGUCAAGGCUGUGUUCGAGCAACUCGUGGACAUAAUCUGCGACAAAAUGAGUGAAUCCCUAGAUAACGAUCCAACCCUGAUGGCCGGUGGUGCAGGGCAGGCCAAGGGCCAGAAAUUGACCGAUCAGCCGGCAAACCCCGCCUCAACUAACUGUAAUUGCUAAAAAUGUUCCAAAAAAGUAAAUGCAUAUAUCCGUGCAUUAUUAGAUGUGAAAAAAAAAUGUUUAAAGAGGGGAGGAGAGGGGGGAAAAAAUGAAGUGACACGCAAGCGAUCACAGAGUAUAGAUCGUAGCGUAUGCAUGUUUUUGCAUUAUGUUCUUUCGUUGACACGUUCAACAUUUCCAUUAGAAAAAUUUCAUAAUUUCGCAUCGAAUUUCGUUCAACCACUGAAAUUACAUUUUGUAACGCUUAUUUCUCUGUUACUAUAACUUUCUUUUUGUAAGAAACAACAUCACGUUGACGAGUGCAUCACGCAUUAGAACAAAUUGAAUAAUUGUACGGGCAUAUCUUGUUUUAAAUGAUUAAUCUAGCGAAAAAAAAAAA